CCGGGAAGCCUGAACGCCUGCGGGAGAGCCUCCGUGCUGUUAUCCUGGAUCCUCGCGGGAGGCGGUUCGCCGUCCGUGGUUCUCCUUCUCAGGUUUGCUCCUUCGUCCCGGUAUCGGCGUGGAGCAGCCUUUCUGGGGCUGUUUGGACACCUCGUUGAAGUGCAGCGGGUUUCGAGUAGGUUUCUUGCACCCAAGCCCUGCCUCCUCCUGGAGAUGCACUUCUUCUCACGGAAAGACAUGGAUGAAAAUGAGAACAGCCAGUCUCCAGCGCCAAGCCAUCAGUAUCCAAAAGAAACACUGAGGAAGCGUCAGAAUUCAGUGCAGAAUUCAGGAGGAAGCGAGUCUUCCAGGCUCUCCAGGAAAAGCUUCAAGCUGGACUACAGACUGGAGGAGGACGUAACCAAAUCAAAGAAAGGAAAAGACGGGAGAUUUGUGAACCCAUGGCCAACGUGGAAGAACAUCUCUAUCCCAAGCGUGCUCAGAUGGCUGAUAAUGGAGAAGAAUCACAGCGGUGUCCCGAGUUCCAAAGAGGAGCUUGACAAAGAACUCCCAGUGCUUAAGCCUUAUUUUAUCAGUGACCCGGAAGAAGCUGGAGUGAGAGAGGCUGGCCUACGAGUCACGUGGCUGGGACACGCGACGCUGAUGGUGGAAAUGGACGAGCUCAUCCUCCUCACGGAUCCCAUGUUCAGCUCUCGAGCCUCUCCCUCGCAGUACAUGGGUCCGAAGCGGUUCCGCCGUCCCCCGUGUACCAUAAGCGAACUGCCCCCAAUAGAUGCUGUCCUCAUUAGUCACAACCACUACGACCACCUGGACUACGGCUCCGUCCUGGCUCUGAAUGAACGGUUUGGCAGUGAGCUGAGGUGGUUCGUGCCGCUGGGCCUUCUCGACUGGAUGCAGAAGUGUGGCUGUGAGAACGUGAUUGAGCUCGACUGGUGGGAGGAGAAUUGCGUCCCUGGCCAUGAUAAGGUCACCUUCGUCUUCACGCCCUCCCAACAUUGGUGUAAAAGGACCCUCCUGGAUGACAACAAGGUUCUGUGGGGCAGCUGGUCUGUGCUAGGGCCUUGGAAUCGGUUCUUUUUCGCUGGGGAUACUGGCUACUGCCCUGCUUUUGAAGAGAUUGGAAAAAGGUUUGGUCCUUUUGAUCUCGCGGCUAUUCCCAUUGGAGCUUAUGAGCCAAGGUGGUUUAUGAAAUACCAACAUGCUGACCCAGAGGAUGCUGUAAGGAUUCACAUUGACGUUCAAGCCAAGAGAUCCGUGGCGAUUCACUGGGGGACUUUUGCCUUAGCUAAUGAGCAUUACUUAGAGCCACCGGUGAAACUGAAUGAAGCUCUAGAGAGAUAUGGACUCAAGAGUGAAGACUUCUUCAUCCUGAAGCACGGAGAGUCACGAUACUUGAAUACCGAUGAUAAAGCCUUUGAGGAAACAUGAAGGUCGGAAUUUUCAGUGGAAGCAUGAAAAGACUAAGAAAGUAACAAAUAUUACGACACUUUCCGCGAGGAAACAAUUUCCGCAAGUGUGUGUUUUGUUCUGUAUCAUAACUUGCCAAUUGAUAAGAUUUGCUUACAUAAACUGUGGGAGUCUAGGGAUGGGCUAUUUAAGAAACUGUCCAAUAUGGACUUUAAAAAAAAUCAUACCAAUGAUACAGACAUUGCAAAAUCUUAUUUUUUAUCAGAACACUCUAUUUUAGUGGCAGUAAAAUUUCUGAGGUUGUGAAAAACUGA